GGUAGAGGAGCGGCGCCGAUGGCUGAGGGGACGGUUGCUCUCAUGUCGCAGGAAGGAGAGGAGGCUGCCGCUGUGCAGUGCCCUGUCCGGGCCGCCCUCAACCAUUUGUGUCAGGAACUCAAUCUGGACGUUGACAGCGCUUCGGCAGCUCUUCGAGAUUUCACAGCCUUGCGGGGCACCUACAGCCUUGAGGGAGACGUUAUACAUUGGUUGGCUUGUGCUCUCUAUGUUGCUUGCCGUAGAAGUGUAGUGCCUACUGUAGGAAGUAGUUUGAUGAAAGGAAAUUGUGUCUCACUGACCAGAAUUCUGCGUUCUGCAAAGUUAAGCUUAAUUCAGUUUUUUAGUAAAAUGAAAAAAUGGAUGGACAUGUCAAACCUGUGUCAAGAAUUUCGAGAGAGAAUAGAGAAGUUGGAGAGAAACUUUGAAGUGUCCACAGUAAUAUUCAAAAAAUAUACCCCAAUCUUUUUAGAUAUAUUUAAAAAUCCUUAUGAAGAACAACCUAAAUUUCAAAGAAGCAGGAAACAAAGACGGGUACCCUGUAGUGCUAAAGAUCUAUUCAACUUCUGCUGGACUCUAUUUGUCUACACAAAGGGUAAUUUCAGUAUGAUUGGAGAUGAUCUAGUGAACUCAUAUCAUUUACUUUUAUGCUGCUUGGAUAUGGUUUUUGCAAGUGCACUUUUGUGUCCAUAUAAAAAAGAUUUAAUAAAUCCAUCUUUCAAAGGUUUGCAAGAAGACUUUCAUACAACUGACUCCAGAACUUCUGAAAGGCCACCAUGCAUUAUUUCUACACUGUGUGAAUUACAUGAUGGACUUUUGGUAGAUGCCAAAGGCAUAAAAGAACAUUACUUUAAGCCAUAUAUUUCAAAGCUCUAUGAUAGGAAGAUUUUAAAAGGAGAUUGUCUCUUGGAUCCAAGCAACUUUGUAAAUAACAACAAAGCCCUGAAUAAAGAAUACGAAGAAUAUGUUCUCACAAAAGGUGAUUUUGAUGAAAGAAUUUUCUUGGGAGCAGACGCAGAAGAAGAAAUUGGAACACCUCAAAAAUGUUGUGCAGCUACACCAUGCGGAAAUAUAAGAGCUCAUGCUGAAUGUCAUCUUCAACAACAUUUUGAGAAAAGAUCCUUUGCACCAUCAACCCCUUUAACUGGCAGGAAUUAUUUGAAAGAGAAGGAAUCAGUAAUUACACCAGUUGCUUCUGCAACACAGAGUGUGAGCCGGUUACAAAGUAUUGUAGCAGGGUUGAAAAAUGCACCAAGUGAACAGCUUGUAGCUAUUUUUGAAUCAUGUAUACGGAAUCCUAUGGAGAAUAUCCUGAAAAGAGUAAAAAAGAUAGGUGAUAUUUUCCGUCAGAAUUAUACUCUCUCUGUCAAUAAUCAACUAGUAUGCCAUUUAGAUUUCGCUCUUCACCGAUUAAAAUUGGCAGAAAUUUUGUAUUAUAAAAGUUUGGAAACUAUAAUGAUACAAGAAAAGAGAAGGCUGCCUGGCAAAGACAUGUCUACCAUUUUAGAACAAGAUAUUUUCCAUUGCUCUUUGCUUGCAUGUUGUUUUGAAAUAGUGCUGUUUGCAUAUGGUUCACCAAGAACUUUUCCCUGGAUCAUUGAUAUUCUUAAUGUCAAGCCAUUCUAUUUCUAUAAGGUGAUUGAAGUAUUGAUUCGUUCGGAAGAAGGACUCUCCAGAGAUAUGGUAAAACACCUCAACAGCAUUGAGGAACAGAUACUUGAAAAUCUAGCCUGGAGAGAAAACUCUGUACUUUGGGAUGCCCUUCAAGCCUCAGAAGAUGAAGUUCCACGCUGUGAAGAAGUAAUAUUUCCGAGUAAUUUUGAAACAGGAAAUGGAGGAAAAGGAUUAGGAUAUCUUCCUAUGAUGCCAGCAUCUCCUAUCAUGCACCCCAGAGUAAAAGAGGUUCGGACAAAUCAUGAGGGCAGUCAUAGGCGAGAUUUGCAGCUAUUGUCUCCAAUCUCUAUUCAUGAUCGUUACAAUUCUCCUAUGGCAGGGAGUGCUAAAAGAAGGCUUUUUGGAGAUGAAAGCCCUCCCACAAAACCUGCAGAAAAAAAAUAUGCUGAAGCAAUGAAGCUGACAACAGACAAGCAUAUGCCUGUUUCACCUGAUGAAAUUGCUCUAAGUAUGGCACAAACUGCAGUAACAAGACAAAAAGUAACAAUCCCAUUACACGGUAAUACAAAUGAGACAGGAAGGAUCACAUUGAUACCUAUUGCAGUCAAUAUAUCUGAAGACUCUAAAGUGGACAGCUUUGGACAAGUCCCACUCAGUGCUGAUGCUUUAAUGACUGUUUGUCCAAGUCAGCCUUCUCCAAGUGAACCUUUUCAUUCAACAGGAAACAAGCCAAAGAAAACUGGAUCCCUAGCACUUUUUUUCAGAAAGGUGUACAAUUUGGCAAGUGUUCGAUUACGUGAUCUAUGCUCAAAACUGGAUGUUUCCAAUGAUUUACGAGGGAAGAUAUGGACUUGUUUUGAAUUCACGUUAGUCCAUUGUACAGAUCUAAUGAAAGAGAGACACUUGGAUCAGCUUCUUCUCUGUGCUUUUUAUAUCAUGGCAAAGGUGUCUAAAGAAGAAAGAACUUUUCAGGACAUAAUGAAAAGUUAUAGAAAUCAGCCACAAGCUAACAGCUAUGUAUACAGAAGUGUCUUACUGAAAAAAGUACAAACUGAUGUAAUAGAUGUAAAAUAUGAAAGCAUGUCAAAUGAAGGUGUCUGCAGGAAGAUGAAUGAUUAUAGAGAUUUGGAAAAAGAAGAGAGAGGCGAUCUUAUAAUGUUUUACAACACUAUUUAUAUAAAAAAAGUGAUAAACUUUGUACUGAAAUAUGUUUCCAACCAUGAUUAUAUGGUGGAAGCACCUCCACUUUCCCCCUUCCCCAGCAUUAAACAACUACCGAUAUCUCCUCGGCGAAUUUCUCAGCAACAUUCUCUUUAUGUUUCACCACACAAGAAUGGUUCUUGUCUAACACCUAAGAGUGCAUUAUUAUAUAAAUUUAAUGGGAGCCCCUCUAAGAGUUUGAAGGAAAUUAACAAUAUGAUUAAACAAGAAGGACAGAGACCUAAGAAGAGAGCAAUAUCAAUUGAUAGUGACACAGACUCACCAGCUAAGAGACUUUGUCAGGAGAAUGAUGAUGUUUUACUUAAACGUCUUCAAGAUGUUGUCAGUGAAAGAGCAAACCAUUAAAUCAGCAAAGAUGCUGUGAGCACUAAAGUUUUUUUGUGACUCAAUUCUCUGUCCUUCCUAAAGUUUUUAUGUUUUGUAGGUAGACGGUUAUCAGUGUAUUAAAAUUUUAAGAUGCUCCAUUAUCAAAACAAAAUUUAUGGCAGUUAUGAAUUUUGAUUUUUAUACUCUGAAUUUAUGUCAUUAUUUUGAAGGUUUUGAUCACAGCUAUAUUAAAUAAUGCAUUUUAAGGUUAUUAAAAGGUUAUUGGGAUAAUUAUGUGAAAGUAGGAGCUUGUGAGAAAAUCUUGAUUUAAGUUGGCUUUCUCAACAUUUACAAUGUCUAUUAUUUGCUGGCAUAGUAACUUGGGUAUGUGGUUCAUUUCAAAACAUUUUUGGUAUUGUUUAAAAGAAUAUUAGGAUCUAUGCAUUAUUUUAAUAUAAAAUAAGAUAAGGUAAUCAUUAAUACAGUAAGAUAAGGUGUUGUAAUUUAGAAUGGAGAUAUUUCCCCUGUUUGAAAGGUUGGAUAAAUGCUUUGAAUAAGCUGUUCUGUAAAGCAGGGGUCCCCACCCUUGGGCCGUGGCCUGUGCAAGCAGUUGGGGAGCAUGUGAGCGCAGGCAGCUCCAUUUGCGCAAGUGACAGGUGCAUAUGCCUGCCACUUGUGCAAAUGCAUGCACUCACACACUCACUGCUUGCACAAAAGCAUCCCCUCUCCCCUCCUGUCACUGUCACUGCCCGUGGUCUGCAGAGCCAGAAAGGUUGGGGACCACUGCUGUAAAGCACUGAACUGUUAGCUCCUAAUAGAAUGGCAAUCUUUGUACAGGAUGAGUUGGAGUAGGAUUUGAGGUAAUUGAUUUUAGCUUUGCUACUAGGACAAUUGUGUAAAAAUAUACUUUCAUUAUAGCCUAUAUCGGCUUACUUUUUUAUAAAUUAAUUUCCUAAAGUGAUACUGAGCCCCCGUUGAAUAAAUGGAUGCAUUCCUUGUAUAUAUAGAGUUUAAGAGGUGCAUAGGCAUCUAUAGUGCAGAAGCAGUCCUCUUGGUAUGUGUAUGAUAUGAGUAACAUGCAUUUA